GUCUGUUGCUGCCCGGAUGGAGGGGUAGGGUCGCGAGUGACCUGGGCACCAAGAGUGGCCCCCGUGAGCCGCCGGUGGCCUGGACACUGGGACGAGCGCUCGGAAAGUUUGGAGGCUCGGUGGGGAGGGUGGCGCUCGCCCCGGCCGGGGAGCGCGGCCUCCACGUGGGCUGUGCUGCUGGCGUCAGGUCGGGCCUGGGCGGCAGGCGUCACGGUUGGGGAACCGGCAGCCCGGGCUGUGGGCAGGGCAGCUGCGGCCCUCUUGUCCCGCCCUGACUUUAAAAUUCCAGCUGCCGCUUGCCGGGCACUGAGCAAGUGCGACUAGCCUGGCAGCCUGACAGUGGGUCGUCCAACAGGUUAGGAAGGCCAGGUGUUUUCAGGAAGCAGGGGCCUGGGAGUCCCAGGAUGUGAUUAGUCCACGAAUUAGCUGUAAAUUCGGCGCCAGGCCAUUGAUUUCACUGGACUCGCGUUUGAGUGGAGGAGCCUGAUUUUCCCAGCCUCUGCCACAGUCUCGUGGGUGGAUGGUUUUGCCUCUCUGGCCUCAUCCUUUGUAACGUCGUGGGUCACCAAAAUACAUGAAUGUGGUAUAAUCCAUUUUCUCUUUAAAAUACAACUAAGAAGAUAACUGCCAAUCACAGCUUUAGGUCACCAGGAGAACCACUUUUCCCUCUGGAUAAACAUUUCUGUUGGGCAAAAAAAAAAUGUUUUAGGUCAGCCUAGGCGACCUCCUUACAGGUCCGCUUCCUCACUGAGGACAGAAGGAUGCCGAAGAAAGCAAAGCCCACGGGGAGAGGGAAGGAAGAGGGAUCUGCUCCCUGUAAGCAGCUGAAGAUGGAGGCAACUGGCGGACCCUCCUCCGCUUUGAAUUUUGAAAGCCCCGGUGAUCUCUUUGAAAGCUUAAUCUCGCCCAUCAAGACAGAGACUUUUUUCGGGGAAUUCUGGGAGAAGCAGCCCCUUCUCCUUCAGAGAGAUGACCCUGCAGUGGCCACAUAUUACCAGUCCCUGUUCAGGCUGUCGGAUCUGAAGAGUCUCUGCAGCCGGGGUGUGUACUAUGGAAGAGACGUAAAUGUCUGCCGCUGUGUCAACGGGAAAAAGAAGGUUUUAAAUAAAGAUGGCAAGGUGCACUUCCUUCAGCUGAGAAAAGAUUUUGACCAGAAAAGGGCAACAAUUCAGUUUCACCAACCUCAGAGAUUUAAGGAUGAGCUUUGGAGGAUCCAGGAGAAGCUAGAAUGCUACUUUGGCUCCUUGGUUGGCUCGAAUGUAUACAUAACCCCUGCAGGAUCCCAGGGCCUCCCACCCCAUUAUGAUGAUGUGGAGGUCUUCAUCCUGCAGCUGGAAGGAGAGAAACGCUGGCGUCUCUACCACCCCACUGUGCCCCUGGCCCGGGAGUACAGCGUGGAGUCCGAGGACAGGAUUGGGAGGCCGGCGCUCGAGUUCACACUGAAGCCAGGUGAUGUCCUGUACUUUCCCAGAGGGACCAUUCAUCAAGCGGACACUCCUCCAGGGCUGGCCCACUCUACUCACGUGACCAUCAGCACCUACCAGAACAAUUCGUGGGGAGAUUUCCUUUUGGACACUAUUUCAGGGCUUGUAUUUGACACUGCAAAGGAAGAUCUGGAGUUCCGGGCUGGCAUACCCCGGCAGCUGCUCCUGCAGGUGGACGCCAUGGCUGUUGUGACGAGAAGGUUAAGUGGCUUUCUGAGGACCCUUGCUGACCGGCUGGAGGGCACCAAAGAGCUGCUUUCAGCUGACAUGAAGAAGGAUUUUGUUAUGAACAGACUUCCCCCUUACUAUAUGGGAGACCGAGCCGAGCUUUCGACGCCAGGUGGACGGUUACCAGGGUUGGACAGCACAGUGAGACUGCAGUUUAAAGACCACACCGUCCUCACAGUAGGGCCGGAUCAGGAUCAAUCUGAUGAAACUCAGGAAAAGAUGGUUUACAUCUAUCAUUCCUUAAAGAAUAGGAGAGAGACACACAUGAUGGGAAAUGAGGAAACAGAGUGUAUCCUUUUCCAGUCCCAUGGACUUCGCUUUCCUUUAUCACAUAUGGAUGCACUGAAGCAAAUUUGGGGUCACUCAGCUAUUUCUGUCAAGGACCUGAAACUGGCUACAGAUGAGGAGAAGGAAAACCUGGUGUUAUCCCUCUGGACAGAAUGCCUAAUCCAGGUAGUCUAGGGCCUGUCCAGAAUCAAGGGUGUACCGUCUCAGACACGUGCGCAAAGAAGAGCAACGAUGUGCUGCUUCUGUCGACUGGGAAGGGCCCUACGACAGCCUUCCUCACCUUCAUGGAAGAAGGGGGUCUCAGAAAGUAACCAAACCGUACUUUGGAUAAACUCAUUUAAUCCAGUGUGGUAGAAAAGGCACAACUCCAGUAAAUGGAUCAUUGAAAUUUAAA